AUGUUCCUGACCGUGAUAGAUAAUAAAGAAAUGCGAAACAGCUGCAGGCCGUUUACAAAGAUGAUUCCAGCGAUUCUGAAUGGUAUGAUCCCUACUGCUGUUCGGAAGAAGAGUGAUAAACAAUUCAUUGCACAAAGGUUGAAAAGCAAAAGCGUUCCACGUAAUGACAAUCCCGGAGACUGUGGGUUAAGUGAUGAAAUCAUUCAAGAUGUUCGACGGAAGCUUGCUGCUCAGAUUUAUGAUGUCGUUGGAGAACCUCAGAUCACUGAUUUAUUCCCUGCUCCACCAAAGUAA